AUGGUAGUGAACCACCAUUUUCUUAUCGAAAUGUGCUUCGGAAAAAUUCUAAUGGAAUUGAUUUAUUAGUAAAAGAAGCAAAAACAUAUCUUGAUGAAGGAAGCAAGAGCAACAACGAUUGGUUUAAUUGGAAUGGUUUUUUAUAUUUUUUGUGGAAAUGGAUUUUUUUAUUGCAAUGGAUAACAAACCAUUCAACAACAAGUUAUAUUAAAGCUUUGCAGUUAUCAGAAGAUUAUUUUAAGAAUGAUAUUGGAGUUGAGAAGAAAGACGUUAAUAGUGAAGUUGAGAAGACCAAGGUUGAUAACAACAAAGUUGAAAAUGUGAUUGAAAUUUUUAUUUAA